UCUGUUCUCUUUCAUCAUAUUUUCCGGCGAUCAUCGACGUGAUUCGGUUUUUGGUGGAAAAUUUCGGUUAAAGGAACGUGAUUGCAUCGAAACCUGUGCAGAGUGUAAACUGAAUUUUCAAGGGGAGAGAUAUUGAAGUUAUGUUUUAGGGGUUAAAAUUGGUUGCUCCUCUUACCUAUGAAGGGUAUGAAAGGGGGGAGCCCAUAUAAAUUGAGAGUCAGAAACCUCUCUCUCAGCCUCACUGCUCUAAUUUGCUUGACACUUGCUGUUUGGGCAUGGGAAAAAACACCACACUUGACUACUUAUUUCCAACAGGUAGAACAGUUUGAGAUGAGCUCCAGCGUGCUUUCUCCAGUGAAUUCUGUCAAAACUACUCCUGUGAAUAACUUUACAAGGCAGAAUCCACUCCUCGUGGGAGUCAAAUCAAAUCCACCAAAAGAGGAAGUCCCAUCGAAACUAUCCAUAAAGGGAAUCCCAUCAGAGCCAGCAAAAGAAGACAAUUCUUCAGCUGAUACACCUAGUAUUUCACCUGCAGGAGGCAGUGCAAAAAGCUCAGCUGGAGAAAGAAAAGACGGAGAGAACGUAAAAAUGGUUUCUUCAAAUAAAGAUUGUGAUUACGCGAAGGGAAAAUGGGUUGCAGACAGCAAGAGGCCAUUAUAUUCAGGUUCGGGUUGUAGGCAAUGGUUGUCAGGGAUGUGGGCUUGCAGGCUUAAUCACCGCACAGAUUUUGCCUAUGAGCACUAUCGAUGGCAGCCGAAAGAUUGUGAGAUGCCAGAUUUUCACGGCUCCAAGUUCUUGAGAAGGAUGAAGCACAAAACAAUAGCAUUUAUUGGCGACUCUUUAGGAAGGCAGCAGUUUCAAUCUAUGAUGUGUAUGGUCACAGGUGGAAGAGAAUCUCCUGAAGUAGAAGAUAUCGGUAAGCAAUAUGGCCUUGUAAUUCCACGGGGCGCCAAAAGACCUGAUGGGUGGGCUUACCGAUUCCCAAAAACCAACACUACCAUUCUAUACUAUUGGUCAGCAAGCCUUUGUGCAUUGGAGCCCAUCAAUAAGAUGGACCCUGCUACUAAUGUUGCUAUGCAUCUUGAUCGCCCAGUUCAAUUCUUACAGCAGAAUCUCCCCAGGUUUGAUGUUCUGGUCCUCAACACUGGACAUCAUUGGAACAGAGGGAAGCUUACUGCUAACCGAUGGGUGAUGUACGUUAAUGGAACGCCUAACGCUGAUAAAAAAAUUGCAGGGAUUGGGAAUGCAAAAAAUCUGACUAUUCACAGCGUUGUAAAAUGGCUAGACUCACGACUUCCACAAUAUCCUAGGCUAAAAGUUUUCUUUAGGACAAUGUCCCCUAGGCAUUUUGAAAAUGGGGAUUGGAAUACUGGGGGUAGUUGUGAUAACACUAUUCCAUUGGUUGGGGGGAGCGACGUGAAUCAAAAUAGUUCUUCGGAUCCAGCUACUGAGGAUGCCGUGAAGGGAUCUAAGGUUAAGCUUUUGGACAUCACUGCCUUGUCGCAGUUAAGGAGUGAGGGUCAUGUAUCAAAGUUUAGUAUUCGACCCCAACCGGGGAUGUAUGAUUGCUUGCAUUGGUGCCUUCCGGGUAUUCCAGAUACCUGGAAUGAACUCCUUGCUGCCCAAGUUUGAGGAAUUCAUUUUUGAGAUGAACGUAUGACAAAAGUUUAUACACAGCAGUGAUAUAUAGUUUCAUCCUGCAGACUUAGGAAAAAGGCAGAUGAGAAAGUGAAACGAUUCUGUUAUGUAUCACGCCGUAAUCAUUCAUUAAAGCAUAUGCUUGCUUGCUUGCUUGAAGAAACAUUAUCAUUUGUUUGUAGAUUGUGGAGAUACUAACAUAGAGCAUAGACGAUUUCUGAUAACACCAGCUGAAGACAAGAUUUUUUGAGAAAGUUCACCAUAAAAAAUGUCCUUAGUGGGUUUUCUCAACAAUGCAUAGUAUCCUUUCUUUGCAAAAUGUUGAGAUUGUGGGUAUCAUAGCAGCGUAUUAUGAGUCCUUAGUUUACGUAGGAGUUUAGAAUUGUAUUUGAAUCCUACAUUGAUUACUUUGGAAGAACGCUGUGUCUAUCUAUUAUUUGGUGUCGUAAGGUUACAAAUCAUUAGUACCUAGUAUAUUCUUCAUAAUUUGGACCUACAGUUGAUUUUUAACUCCUUCAAAGGAGUGAGAUUUAUAUUAAUUGACAGCUUAUGUUGGUUUCGGAGCGGCUUUUAACCAGA